AUGGAUAAUCAGGCAAUAGUACAGAGCUCAGCGGUUCAAUGUCACCCCAAACUAUUGAAAACACUCUCUUCCAGGAUUUUCGUAUUGAUAGGGCAGCUGGACAGUCUCAAGCAAGUGAAAGUGCUGCAGCCUCGAUUGUCAACACCGUCAUCAUCAGCCACCGUAUGUCUGCCAGGUGAGCCUCUAGCCACGGAACUGUCGACUCAUGAAGAACGACAACGUAAGUCGUGCGUAAAAUGCACCUGA